GAAAAGUGGCGUCAUCUACUCACACGUUUUCGUCAAGUAAGAGAUGCGUCCAAGGUAUCAGGAAGUGGUAAUAUCAAAUGGCAGUAUUACGAUUGUAUGGAAAAUUCCAUAUCUCCAACAGCAAAACAAACAGUUUCUCCACCCAGAGAUCUACUGCACGAAUCAUCUGUGAGACCACUGCCUGAACCUUCAGUAAGUCCAAUCCUCGAAACAUCAGAAAUUUCAAUUCACGAAUCAUCGGAAAUUUCAAUUCCCAAAUCUCCUCUAAGCCUAACGGAAGAACCUCCAACUUCUGGGUUGAUACAAAAAUCGUUGUUAAAUAAAACUAGCAAUAAAACACCAUCAUGGAUUAAACAGUUUAAGGAAUUAAAAAACGAACAGUUGAAAUCAGCAAGAGAAAAUGCAAAGCAACUCAAUGAUCGUCUUGAUAAGUUGGAAAAAAGGGAAAAAGCUAUGCUAAAAAUCCAAGAAGAACUAGUAAAAAAAUUAGAAGAUGCGAAUAAUAUCGAACUACAGAAACUCGAUGUGUUUAAAAAAAUGUUUAACAUUGAUUAA